UUACGAGGGCCAUCUGGUGACGGAUGUAAAUUUGAUUCACCAUUGCUUCAAAGAUGGAGUUGUAGUCAAUAAAAUUUCUUUAUGAAGAUUUUUGUUGACCAACUCAAGUUGACCAUAUACUCGCCCAUUUUCGUUUUUCAAUUAAUUUAUUACUCGUACCGUGCGUGCCCAAUGUGUUAAUGAAAACGUGCUGAAAUAUUCCAAGUAUGGCCAGCGACAUCGACGAAUUAGCAGUAAGAUUAGAUACUGCUGAUCCGGAAGAAGUCCAAGUUGCAGGUCCCUCACUUGAACAACGUAACCAAAGAGCAAGUGUUAUUGUUGUCCAGCCUUCGUCUACUGAAAACAGAAUUGGUACCGUAGAACUGGAAAUCACGAAUGAAGCUCAAACAGAUCAGGAUAGUCGUGAUAGUUUAGCUGAAAGUAAUGGACCAUUGUCCCCUAUUUUGAUCAGAGGCAGGCGACGCAGACCUAGAGAUGAAGAUAAUGAUGAUGAAGAAACGGAAGAUGGUGGGCCUCCUUCAAGGAAAUCUAAAUCAGAUUCUGCUGGCGGUUUUCUCCCAGAUAAAGAAGACAAAACUGCUGUAGAUGAUGAAGAAGAUGGACAAGUCUGCCCAGUAUGUUUUGAUGUUUGGAGCAACUCUGGGUCCCACAGAGUUGUGUCAUUAAAAUGUGGACAUUUGUUUGGACAAGCAUGCAUAGAACGUUGGGUUCAUUCUGGUGGCAAGGGGGCCAGGUGUCCACAGUGUAAUGAGUCCGCUCAAAAGAAGGAUAUUAGGCCUAUAUAUGUUAGAAAUUUAAAGGCAAUAGACACGACAGAAAGAGACAGAGCCUUGUCAGCUCUAGAGCAGGAGAAAGAAAACCGUCGUAGGUUAGAGUUAGAGUAUCACAAACUUCAAAUUCAAACAACCGCCAAAGAGCAAGAUAUUUUACGAUUGCAACAAGAGUUACAGCAGUGCCGUGCAGCUUUGUCAGGCGCCUGUUUAGCAGCCAGUGGCCAGGGAGCCGAAUUACCUUUAGCGGGGGCAGGUCCUCUAUUUGGAUCUCAACCUCCUGGAAUACUAGGCCGUCGUUUAGUUUUGGAUUCGACACUGGAGCUUUGUAAAGAAGGCCAGUGUCGCGUCAUGUCUUAUAGCGAACAUUUAACUCUGCUCGUAGUGUCUUAUGCUGGAACAAAUUCGCACUUGACGGGCACUGGUAUCAAGAAAGUAAACGCACUGGGAGGAUUUCGCACUGUCGGUUACAUCGCCGUUCACCGAAAGCCCAUCCGCGACAUGGCCUUCCACCUGGAACAGAACGACCUGCUUCUGACUGUUUCGUUGGACAAGACGGCCAAGCUGGUAAACGUCCACAGUGACAUCUCAGUCACUUCCUACCAGUGCGAUGCACCUCUUUGGAGUUGCGCAUGGAAUGCCGACAACAAAUACCAAUUUUUCGUUGGAACUGGCACUGGCAAAGUUUUACUUUACGAUAUGCGCAAAUCCGGCGAUGCCGUUGAGUGCUGGUCAGAGCCCAACAGCAUGUCGCCCGUCACUGGACUUGCUUACCUUCCAUUCAGUCCGGUGACCACUUUUCCCAGAGGUGGACUCUUUGUUCAGCGUUUGCAGUCGUGUGUCUUCCACGAGUCACGGACAGACGGCUUUGUUCCACAUACACUGCCUUUGGAUGGGUCCUUCACAUCGCUUUGCAUUGAGCCAGAGACGCGCCAUUUUCUGGCCUCGUCUAGGCCCAGCAACGCUCAUCCCCAAGCUCGCCAUACCGUCUGUGCUCCUUCUUGGACUCCAUUGGGUAGCGAUUCGUCCACCGGCCUUUGCAGUAGUCACGCUAUUACGACCAUCCAAGCUGGAUCACAGCAGAAGUUGCUCUCCCGUUCGUGCCUCCUUACUGCCCCGGGCUCCACUGAAGGCAAGCAGCUAAUGGUGGCUGCCCAUCAAGAGGCCGCCCAGUGUAUUUCGCUAUGGGACGUCAAUUCAUCGGCAGUGCUUCAAAAGCUGCCCUGUUCAGAUCCCGUUUUGGAUCUCCUCCCUAUCCGCGUCAAUGGCGUCCAUUUCGUUGCUGCAUUGUCGGAAAAGAAUGCCCGUUUCUACAAGUGGACAUAAACCAGGAAUAUUUCACUUUUUCAUUAAUUAUUAUUACCACUAUGGUCAUUUCUAUACCAAAACUCUGAGAUUUUGUACAAAAUUUUGUAAAUAUGAACACGUCCAAUCCGGAAA